AUGAAGCCCCGCAAGUCAUCGAGCGAUGGCUUCAUCUACUGCUACGGAAACCUCUACAGCCUGCUCUUCUACUGGGGACUGGUGACCUUCCGGGUGCGCACCCAGAGUGACGGCGGAGCAGCUUCUUCCCCUGUGAGCGUGUUGUAUGCGUUCUGCGUCCGGUGUUUCGCCGUCUGCGGCUACCUGGGCAGCGUGCUGAUUAAGCUGGAGGAUGAGCGAAUGGCCGCCGCCAUGAUUGGCCUCACUCCCGUGGUCAAGGUGAUCAUUAUGUGGGAGUGCCUCAGCUGCUCGAUUACCUACGUGGAAAACUUCCUCACGCUGGACGUCCAGCGGCGCCGCCACGUCAAGCUGCUGGCCAACAUGCAGGGCUUCGACCUGGACAUUUUCGAGGAGUUUCCCUCCGUGCGCUGGAACUACCAGCGUACACGCUCCAAGUACUGGUACGGGACUGUGAUUGUGACUAUCUGCUUCUUCUCCUUCUCUCUGUCGCUCAUCCUCGACAUGGCUCGGUGCACCUGCGGCCUCUCGUCCACCCUGCUGGUGGGAUUUGUUCACAUUGCAAUCAUGGAUUUCGUGCGGCAGCGCCUGCGCCUCAUCCAGAAGCUGCUCCAUCAAGAGUACGAAGGGAGUACUGGUAGAGAUCGUCCACAAACGACGGUCCAUCGGAAGAUUGCCAAGCUGUUCGAGUUCACCAAGCGCUGCUCCCAUUUGCUGGCAGAGUUGAAUGCCGUGUUUGGGUUCGCGGCUACCGCCGGGUUCUUCUACGAGUUCAGCCUGAUGACCUGCUUCGUGUACGUGAUCUGCCAGAAGGUUCUGGGGUCCGAGGCCUGGGACCUAGAGUACACAUUCAUGCUGCUCCACGUCACACUUCACUCCUACAAGCUAAUCAUCACCAGCACCUAUGGCUAUCUGCUUCAGCGGGAGAAGCGAAACUGCCUCCGCCUCCUUGGCCUCUACUCGCAGCACUUUCCCCAGCAGCCACUGGCCCGCAGUCAGGUGGAGGACUUCCAGCAUUGGCGCAUGCACAACACCCUCAUCGGGAGAAGCAUACCGCUCAGUGUGUCCACUAUUUUCCUGGUGUACAGCGGCAUGGCCAACUAUGUGAUUAUCCUGGUGCAACUGCUAUUCCAGCAGCAGCAGAUCAAGGAGCGGCAGAGGGUAUUGGGUAGGGACGUGGACAUUGUGGGGCCAAUGGGUCCCCGCACUCAUUUGGAUUUGCUCAUCGCGUUCGCCUUUAAUGUUCAUUAAUGCAUACAAAAACAUUUCUUUGGAUAGUUCCA